UAGAGACACUAUCCACUUCCAUCCGUCACGCAGACCCUGCCGGAGCCACUGCUGCUGUGGAUGAUCGAGAGGAUCUGGUGUACCGGGCGAAGCUGGCCGAGCAGGCUGAGCGAUACGACGAAAUGGUGGAGUCAAUGAAGAAAGUAGCAGGGAUGGAUGUGGAGCUGACAGUUGAAGAAAGAAACCUCCUAUCUGUUGCAUAUAAGAAUGUGAUUGGAGCUAGAAGAACCUCCUGGAGAAUAAUCAGCAGCAUUGAACAGAAAGAAGAAAACAAGGGAGGAGAAGACAAGCUAGAAAUGAUUCGGGAAUAUCAGCAAAUGGUUGAGACUGAGCUAAAGUUAAUCUGUUGUGACAUUCUGGAUGUACUGGACAAACAUCUGAUUGCAGCAGCUAACACUGGCGAGUCCAAGGUUUUCUAUUAUAAAAUGAAAGGGGACUACCACAGGUAUCUGGCAGAAUUUGCCACAGGAAAUGACAGGAAGGAGGCUGCGAAGAACAGCAUAGUGGCUUAUAAAGCUGCUAGUGAUAUUGCAAUGACAGAACUUCCACCAGCGCAUCCUAUUCGCUUAGGUCUUGCUCUCAAUUUUUCCAUAUUCUACUACGAAAUUCUUUUUUUUUUUUUUUUUUUUUUUUUUUGAGACGGAGUCUCGCUG